UAUUUUAUACUGCGUUUCAAAAUUUUGGUGGGAACAUCAUUUAACUAGAGUAAUCAGUAGAAAGGCAGGUUUUCCUGUGGCAGCAAAUGUGACUUCAUUUAAAGCGUACUUGGUAAGAGAGUUUCAAAUAUCAAUUAUACAGCCAAACCAGAAUGCAAGCCUUCGUUCUUAGGCUAAAGAUGAUGCUGUUGGAAGUAGUGGAGGAAUUGUGCGGUGAUCGAAUUGUUUGCUCAAUCAACAGGAAAAAGCCAUUGUGAAACUGCUCAAGUUGUUAACGCUAUUCGCCAUUCUAAAACGUGCGAACUGGAGGUGUGCCAUGUCGAAUCACAUAUUCUGCGGCAAUAUUUUGAUGUCAAGUCGAUGGCUGGCUCUGUUUGUUGUUCUAUCAAUGUCGUUAAUAUAUGGCAUCAUCUAUGGCUUUGUUCCCAACUCUAGUAACUGUCUUGUUCCAAGAGAAUUAAAUUACGAUCCUCUAACAGCGGUGCGCAAUGAAGCUAGUACUUAUGAUCUUUUAUCAGCUGUACGCAAUGAAACAGAAAUUUAUGAUCUUUUGCCAGCUGUACCCAAUAAAGUAAAAUCUUCCUGCCUUCGAAAUGCGUUUUCAGACAUUGUGCUUGUAAUUGUGUACAACUUUCCUUUCUACUCAAGUAUCCCAACACUCUCAGGUCUUUACAAGAAUGCAUUUCCCACGAUCAUGUUUUGCGGAGCAAAAGAAUCAAAAGAACACAACGUCGAGUGGGUUGGUCACAUUUUCAGAGGAUACUUCGGCUACGCGUGUAUGUCACGUGCCAUGGAAAAAUAUCCGGCAUACGAGGGAUAUUUACUCAUCGGCGAUGACGUAAUACUUAACUACUGGAAUUUAAUUGAAAUGGACCGUAACAAAAUCUGGGAAGGGCCAAAAGUACCGAUUCUAUCAGAGUAUACUCAGCCUGAAAAAUGGUCUUGGUGGAAUUCCAUUUAUGGAAAGAGCUCCUGUCAGAAGGCAUACGAGGAGAUCUGGGUUCUAUACAACUCCUCUACAACUGAAACAUUGUCGACGAUGAGCAGUCUAUCAGUUAAUGGCACCGGCCAUUCCCGAGGCGUGUUAGGGAACAUCAAAGGGUCGAUUGAUCUUUCCAAACAGAACAGGAACUGGACAUUUCUUUGCCCUCGGGGUCGCUCAGACAUAUUUUACCUUCCUCGAAAAUUUGCGGAUGAAUUCAAAACACUGUCUCACAUCUUCCACAAGUAUCGUACGUUCUUGGAAAUUGCAGUUCCUGCAAUCUGUCGAAUAAUUGACAAGGAGGACAAUUUUGAGGAUAUCCCGGGGAUUUACAUGCCCGGGGUAGGGGACAAACAGUCUGAAUUCCUGUGGAGGAUAUAUAACCCCACCUUGGCGUUUAUCCAUCCAUUUAAACUAGGCUAUGAACACGAUGGGGCCCUGAAUAAGGCAAUGCUAAAAAACUGGAUCAUGGAGUUUAGUAAUCUUUUGAAUACAUGCUAAAGAACAUUUUAUUACAUCAGUUAAGUCCAACGAUAUGAAGUCACACACCCAGCGACUUCAGAUUUUCGUGAGUUUUUUUAUUACAACGCUGGAAAAUCGAUAGAAAGUAAAAUUGUAAAUAAAUGGCAGGCUAAUCCCAAAUGGCAACUUUGGUAUAACUGACCUCUGACAUUCGAUCUCGGAAGAUAUCGUCGUUAGAUUCUUAUGUCCCAUAAAGAGUAUUUUUUUUUGUCAAUAAACAGCUAGACGGAUACAGUUGUAAAAUGUUUAUUAACGGCUGACAUCGGAGCUUCAUAGAAAAUAAAGAGUUAUUUAGUACUAUAUGGAGCACUUGAGAGAAUA